AUGGUCAAUAGAAAACAAUCUAAACAGGAGAAGGCUUCAAAAGGUGACUUGACCAAUGAAGACGAUGCCUAUGAUGCGAUUUUUAGCGGACAAUUUGGGUCCAUGGAGAUUGGCAAUUAUAUAGGACCAGCGGACGCCCAAACAGAGCAUUUGCCAGAUGCAGUGGACUUUGAAGAUGAGGAUGAGCUAGCCGAAGAAGAAUUACCCGAGGAGACAAUUUCGAGCAAGAAGCGCGAAGGGGAAGUUGGGGAAGAUUAUAUUGACAUGCUAGGUGAGAGUGGGACUAUGUUGGAUAACAAUGCAGGUGAUUAUGGCCAAAAUAACAAUGCUCUCUUCAUGGGGGUAGACGGGCAAGGAUCUGCAUAUCCAGAAAACGAGCACCACCAUGUCUUCGGUGAUUUUAGAGAUGAACGCCAGGUGGCUCUCGAUGAACAGCGAAAGCAGCUCAAGCGUGAACAAGCAGCAGCCGAACAGAAGCAGCUACUUCUAUACUAUUUCCCCAAGUUUCGCAAGGGGAAAACUCUUAACCUCUUAAGUAUCCUUCCCAAGCAACUGGCCCAAUACCAAUGGCAAAGAGAUCUGUACUUGACAAACAGACAAUGGAAACCAUUUCUACCAAGUAAAUUGCGCAUUCAAGUUCAGCCAGACUCACGCCGUUUGUUCAAGGCUAAAAGCAAGAGCUGGCAGGCUUUGACCAACCAAUCUAAGCGGAAAAAAGCAGGUCUGGUCACAGUGCCAUUGGACGAAGUUUACGGUGAGGAAUCUUCAGAUACAGAGCGCAGCAAAGGCAAUGAACCAAUUCCAGAGGAGCUCAUGAUGGUUGCCGAUGAUUGGGACUACAAUAAAAUAAUUGGGGAUUCAGAUGGCGAGGAAAACCCACUUCCGUUGACUGUUCUUAGGUCAAAGAUACAAGGUAGCAAUGACGAUUGGAAUUGGCAUGAAGACGAUAUCAUAGAGGGGAAGAUUGGACGAAAUAAAGUUAGUUUGGAUAUGAACGAUGAGAAACUUAUGUUUGUCAAGGACAAACACCGGGAUCAUAGGGAAUCGAAUGGAACAGGAGCUUUGUUCGCAUUCAAUGAGAAAACUCUUCAUCAGAAGUUUAAUGUUUCUAAUGAUAACAUGUACAAAAUACUGAAAGAGAACUACCAAACAAAAAUACGUUCAACAAUUUCAAAUUUGACCAUCGAACACUCCCAACCUGCUCUUCGGUUACAGUCACCAUUUUAUAAAGUGGUACCACCCAAAGCCCUUAUACGAAAUUUCCACAGACCCAAUUUUGGCUCUUUGGUUAGGCCCGGUACCAAUAUUGUCUUUAGCAAAAUAAAGACCAGAAAGAGAAAGAAGGAUAAGGGAAAAGAUAUUCGUGAGCUUUUUGCAAGCAGUCACGAUCUGACAACUGGUGACAGUGCACCUAUAUUUUUGAUGGAGUAUUCAGAAGAAGCGCCAGUUGCGUUAUCCAAGUUUGGUAUGGGGAAUAAGUUGAUAAAUUACUACCGUAAAACGGAUGACAAGGAUGGCUCUAGACCGAAAUUAUCUGUAGGAGAAACACAUGUCCUGGGUGUUCAAGACAAGUCACCCUUUUGGAAUUUUGGGUUUGUGGAACCUGGGAAUGUCGUGCCAACACUAUACAAUAAUAUGAUCAGAGCUCCUGUUUUCAAACAUGAUGUGUCAGGUACGGACUUUCUUUUAAUAAGAAGUACUGGUAAUGGGAUGGGGAAUAGAUUUUACUUAAAAAACAUCAACCACCUGUUCACUGUGGGUCAAACCUUCCCGGUAGUCGAGGUCCCAGGUCCAAAUUCCAGAAGAGUCACCUCCAUGGGUAAGAAUCGACUGCGCAUGAUAGUUUAUCGUAUUUUAAACAAGUCUGCCGAGCAUCGACUCCUUGUCAAGCAGGUAGCGAGACAUUUUCCAGAUCAAAACGAUAUGCAGAACAGGCAACGAUUGAAAGAAUUCAUGAAGUACCAGCGUGAUGGUGAUGAUCAUGGAUUUUGGAAACUGAAGGAAUCUGAGGUUUUACCGGACAAUGAGAACGUCAAAAAGAUGAUUAUUCCGGAAGAUGUUUCACUCACUGAAUCAAUGUAUCAAGGCCAGCAAUACCAAGAAGAUAAUGAACUUUACAACUUUGAUGAAAAGCUACGAAAGUUGGAGGAAAAUCUUAUUCCUUGGGCUGCAACUAAAAACUUCUUGAAUGCUACUCAGAUGCGUGCAAUGGUGCAAAUCCAUGGAUCUGGUGAUCCAACUGGUUGCGGGGAAGGAUUUUCCUUUCUCAAGACAUCUAUGAAAGGUGGUUUUACAAGGUCUGGUCCAGGACUAGAGCAGCAACAAAUCGCAGGGGGUCACAGCUACAACGUUGCUCAACAGCAAAAGGCAUAUGAGGAAGAAAUCAGUAAGACUUGGUACACUCAAGCCAAGAGUUUGCGGAUCUCAAACCCUUUUGAAGAGAUGGAAAACCCAGAUGUUGUUAACAGAACUAACAAGAGGGUAAGAGCGCACCGGGAUGACAGAAAGGUGCUGAGGAUAAUACGAAAGUCAAGAGAUGAAAACGGAAUCAUUCAACGUCAGACUGUUGUUAUCAGAGACCCUAGAGUUAUCCAAGGGUAUAUGAGAGCUUACGAUCGUAAGCGAGAGGAGGCCGAAGCCAACCUAGGGCUUGAAGAACUAAUGAAUGAUAACAUAGAUUUGGUGAGUGGUGGUAACACAGAAGAGAAGCAGCUUAAACAAAAGAAGCUCUUGGAAGAACAAUUGGCUAAAUUACAGAAAUCACAGGAACGUAGACAGGCACGCAAGCUUGCGAAGGAGAAGACUAAAGAUGGGAAAGUCACAAAAUCUCGAAACACUAAUCGGAGAUGUGCAACCUGUGGUAUGAUUGGCCAUAUCAGGACUAACAAAUCGUGUCCUAUGUACAAUGGGGGUACGGGUGCCCAAGUAGCUGGUGCAGGCACCCCUGUUCCGCCAUCCACGGAUCAAACAGAGCCACCCGAAACGAAGCAAGAGGAUGAAGGAGCCGAUGCCUAA